UUCAACAAACAAGGAGGGUUUUCCGGAUAACUUUCACUAACCUGUGAAAGUUUAGGUGGAGGUGGAGAUCGUGUUUUUGUGGCUGGUUUCGGGGCGGUGGGUGUCGGUUGCCGCAUUGUUUCCUCAUCGGUCGUGUUGAAAGUUAGCUCUGGGGGAAGCAAGCAGAAGCUCUGCUCGACUUCAUAACAUGAUGACUCCAAGAGAAAGAGGGCUGUAAAGUUACUGUCAAAAGAAUCCUGCCAUGUCCGGUCCCACCUGGCUGCCGCCGAGGACUCUGGACAGCCCAGAGCGAUCCGUCCCCCAGAUGUCCCACUCUGCAGGGCCACCGAUCUACCAAACCGUCAACAAGAAGGGCGUGUCCGACUUCAGGCCCAAGUACGCUCCCUACGACCAGAACGGAGGAGGGGGGAUGACCAACAGGUACAUGGCUACAGGAUCCACAGGUGGGGCCACUCAUCAUUCAUCAAGUGAUCACUACUACCCUCCCCCUCAUGGUCCCACAGAGGAUCAAAGCUGGAGCUCUCACAUGGACAGCUACGAUAUGAUGCAUCGCGGUCCUGAAAAACCCUCCAACUACCACUCCAAGAUUGAUGCCGAUAUCGACUCCCUCACCAGUAUGCUGGCUAAUCUGGACAGCCACCCACAGGACUCCAGCACCCAACUCUAUGACAACGUGCCUUACAACAAAUACAUCUCAGGGGAUCACUACAGGUCUGCACACCAGAGUGCAGCCCCUGCUCAGGGUCGGCCUUCCAUGGGCUACAAUUCUCACCCCCAGAGUCAAUAUCACCCAGCCCCUCCUUAUCCCAGCGAGCAUCAGACCCCCCAGUACUCGCACCAGCCAGACUUCUACUCCACUUCCACCCCUAAACCCUACCUGCAGCCCGUCCCGGCCUCCUACACCACCGCCUCCACUCCCACCGGGCCGAGGUUCAGCGUACAGGUCAAGACGGCGCAGCCCGUCACCUACUCUCAGACUGGGAGGCAGGCAGAACAGGCUUACACCCCGCCCCCUCCUCGUCAGCACGUGUCUCGGCCCCCAGCACAGAACCAGACGGGUCCGCAGGGCUGGUACCCUCCACAUCCCACCUCGCAAGUUCAGGAGCUGCACUCUGAUGGGGGCUACAAGGGCAACAACCUGGGAUCUGGAGGAAGAGUUAACCAGGUUCCACUAACUAAGAGAGGGAUAGAAAAGACCCAGACGACUCAGACGUCAGCACAGACGCCUUCUUAUCAGACCAGCAAGCAGGGGGCAGCAACGACGAGGCCUGAGGAGGAGCUGGAUCGGCUCACCAAGAAGCUGGUUUAUGAUAUGAACCAUCCGCCUGCAGAGGAUUACUUUGGUCGCUGUGCUCGUUGUGGGGAUAAUGUGGUCGGUGACGGCAGUGGCUGCAUCGCCAUGGAGCAGGUGUUCCACGUGGAGUGCUUCACCUGCAUCACCUGCCACGCCCGGCUGCGAGGGCAACCCUUCUACGCCCUCGACAAGAAGAGUUACUGUGAGAGUUGUUACAUUAGCACACUAGAGCGCUGUUCUAAAUGCUCGAAGCCCAUUCUGGACCGGAUCCUGCGGGCCAUGGGCAAAGCCUACCACCCUCGUUGCUUCACCUGUGUGGUCUGUAACUGCUGCUUGGACGGGGUGCCGUUCACCGUGGACUCCACCUCUCAGAUACACUGCAUCGACGACUUCCACAGGAAGUACGCCCCCCGCUGCUCUGUAUGUGGUGAGCCCAUCAUGCCCGAACCGGGCCAGGAGGAGACGGUCAGGAUUGUAGCUCUCGACCGCAGCUUCCACGUUCACUGUUACGUUUGUGAGGAAUGCGGUCUCCUGCUGUCGUCUGAAGGCGAAGGUCGAGGCUGUUACCCGCUGGAUGGACACAUCCUGUGCAAGAGCUGCAGCGCUCGCCGCAUCCAGGACCUCUCGGCCAAAAUCUCCACCGACUGCUAACAGAUCUCCUGCGUCCUCUUCUCAUUUUCAGCCUCCUUCUCCUUCACAAACCCGGUCAACACGUUGAUGAUGGCACAAACAUGUCCCUGCAGUGUUCAGACAUCGUUAUUGUCCGUCCCCCCCCCCUUCUUUGUGGUUUGCAUUUCUCUGAAUCCCUCUAUUGCUUUAUAGUUACUGACAGUUGGUAGUGCAGCUAAAUCAUGUCUAGCAUUGUUUUGUUGUUUCUGGUGCACCAGUAAUCAGGUUUAGCUCAGAUUAGUACGACGGUAGCCUGACCUGCAGGCAGCUUGGGCUCCAUUUUCCCUUUUUGUUUUUGUCCCACUUUGGUACAGAUUAUAUCUCAGUUUGAAUCUUAUCUUCUCAUCUAUUGGGGUGCCAGUUUCAGGACACUCAGCAAUUAUGAUAAUCAGUUGUCUAAACAUAUCCCUCCAAGAAAAAUAGACUCUGUAUUUUUGUAAAACACUUUCAAAAGGGACUGAAGAGUACAACAUAAUGCUGGGACUGUAUAUAACGCACUGGCUUGGUUUGAAAGCCUUCGGAGCAGUGGAACUUCCUGUGAAGUAGCCUCAUAGCACCAGAAAUGUAGACGAGAAGAAUGUGCAAACCAGUUUUCACUCCUUUAGCUUUUAUUAAACACUAAAACACUGUAGGACAGAUUUGUUUGCCCUCACACGAUUGUGUCAUUUAGCUUGUUAAAAUGAUCUUUGUCGUUGAAUGUCUUAGAAACCACGAUAUGGCUUAGAUUUUGCUUGUGUUUGAUGUUGUUUAGUGGAUUCUUGCCUGUUACGUUAGAAAUGACGGUGCAAUGACAAAUGCUUCUGUCUUCCAAAGGAAAGCAGGGUGUAGGUCACCUCUGGAAAGUCUCACGAGUUCGUAGAUGUGCCAUUAAGAGCAAUAUCUGCUGGUCUAAAAGUGUUUCUGCACAAAUGUCAAAGUCAUGCACACUAUAGGGAUUGAAGUGAUUUAUGGAAAUGAAUGUCCAAUUAAAGGAGAACUUAUUUCUCCCUCAAAAGGACUUUUUGUUUCAGAACUAAAGGGUUUGCGAGGUUGAUUUGGUUUAUAGUUGCACUCAUGUUGUCAGAGUUUAGGCUUUGCAGCGACAGUAUUAAAUGUGCUUAGCACGGCUUUCCCCAGAGCUCCUACGCAGCCUUUAAAGGAAAUGAAAAGAGUGAAAACUGCAUGGGCCGGUAUGAGAUCCUCAUUAUGAUCACCUUGAUUAAAAAUACAAAGGUUUCAUUUUCAUAACACACAAACAUUUAAAAUGGCAAAAAAGCAAUGCCUAAUCCUACUGCUGCCAAAAUCAUGUAGCAUAUGGAUUAUUACAGUUAUAAUGUUGUCUAUAACAUUUACUUUGUUCAGUUUUCAAAGAAAGUAUGAGUAUGACUUUGUCAAAGGUCUAUAAUUAAACACGAGCAAACAUUAGUUGAAAUAGUUAGAUCAAAGUUGCUUAUUGUUUAGGAUAUCAUACCCUUUAGCCUGUCUGCUAUUUACAGGGGGAACCUGGGUAUAUAACAAGCUGAUAAAAUAGUCACAUUGUCUGCACAGGUAGCUAGCCUGCAGCCUGCUGCUUAACAGUCAUGCUAGAGUGAUGGUUGGCGGCCCCCUAGAUGAACUAGUUUGUAAAAUUUGGCUUCCUUGUAAUCCAGGAAAAAGCAUAGCAGCCAACUGCAACAACGGUGGGGGAGGGACAGCACUGCUUUACUUUAUGGUACUAACAACCAGGGAAAACUCCAUUUGCUCUGGCAAAUUGCAAUGCUUCUCAUUAAAAACAAACCUUUAACCUAUAGACACAAUAUACCUUUUUUUCUUACUUAGAAGCCCUACGAUUGUAAAAACCGGCCCAUGCCUGGUCCAGACUCUUUUUCCCAUUUUUGUAAGAUAAUUAUCUAUAUUUCUAAAAUAAUACAUUGCUCCAAAAAUUACUUUUGACUCCUCUACGUUAGGCCUCGAGUCUGGAUGCUUUAGACUUGCUGAUGGAGAACUCGGACCUGGGAACAGAUUUACAGUUAUCGUUUUCAUGGGUGGCUGUCCCGCAUCUCAUUUAAUGAAUCUUCUGUACAGUUUGGGGAUUUAAAGCUCAAGAAAUGUAGAACUUCAGUAUGGAAUAAAUGGAAAAUCCUUUUUUGUACAUGUUAAACUUUAAGGGCUACAGAUUUAAAAGCCUUACCUCAAGGAUUUCAUGUCAGUUUCACUAUAAUCCUAUUUGUAAACUUGGUUCACUGUGAAUUUAGCUAAAACGGUUUUCACCUCUUGUCACUUUACCUUGUGAAUUAUUUUUCCUGUAAAUUCAGCUUAACUGAUCUUUAUGGUAGACAUUUCAUCACAAUUCGGGCAUCUUUUUAAGGUACUGAAUCAUGCCAGCUAUAUUUGUGUGCUUUUAAGAUGUCGUGAACUGAUUCUGCAAGCGUCAAAUUCACUCUCCAGGCUGUUUUUGAGCUGAAUAAACAUGUUGUUAAAGCAUAAA